AUUGCGCAGAAACAGGAAGUGGGAUCUCGAAUCUAAAUGCCAGACCAGCGGCAGGUCGCGACCUGUACGAAAUUCUAAUCGCCCUCACAUCAAACCCGUGCCGCUGUCCGGGCUGUCAUCUCCUAAGAAAGGUCGCGGGACCAUGUCGAACAUGGAGAAACACCUAUUUAACUUGAAGUUUGCUGCAAAAGAGCUUAAUAGGAAUGCCAAGAAAUGUGAUAAAGAAGAAAAGGCUGAAAAGGCCAAGAUUAAAAAGGCUAUUCAGAAAGGGAAUACAGAAGUUGCAAGAAUACAUGCUGAAAAUGCAAUCCGCCAGAAGAACCAAGCAAUUAAUUUCUUGAGAAUGAGUGCUAGGGUUGAUGCUGUGGCAGCCAGAGUUCAAACUGCAGUAACAAUGGGCAAGGUAACCAAGUCCAUGGCAGGUGUAGUUAAAUCUAUGGAUGCUACAUUGAGGAGUAUGAACCUUGAAAAGAUUUCUGCCCUGAUGGACAAAUUUGAACACCAAUUUGAAACACUGGAUGUUCAAACACAACAAAUGGAAGACACAAUGAGUAGUACUACAACCCUAACAACACCACAAAGCCAAGUGGAUAUGCUGCUUCAAGAAAUGGCAGAUGAAGCUGGCCUUGAUCUCAAUAUGGAACUACCACAGGGUCAGACAGGAUCUGUUGGCACCAGUGUUGCUUCCAUGGAACAGGAUGAACUAUCACAGAGACUUGCUCGUCUGCGUGAUCAAGUGUAAUUUAAAGAACUGGUGCUUUUGUUUACUUCACCUGCCUCUGAAAAAUUUCAUGUGUAUAUAUAGAUAAGUUGCACUCCAGUUACACUAAGAACACCAUAUGUUACAGAAUGCUUAAAUGCUAUUUAUUUAUAAUGCUUUCUUUAGCCAUGUUGUACUUUCUAAUACUUUAAGAAAUUCCAGAGAGUUUCCACCUUGACAUAUUUUAUAGUUUUGUAUAUUAUAUUGUAAAAUGUGAGGGAGAUUUUUUUAGAUGACUUUGACCAAGCUAGCAUUAAUUUGUUGUAUAUGAAACAUCCUUUUAAAAAAUUGCAUCACAAAUCUGGUAACAAAGUACUACAGAAGAAAGUAUAGAAUAAAGAUUUUGUGUUUCUUUUAAUUCAAAGUUGUUUAAAUCUCUGCAUUCACAUGUGAUGCAUAAUAGUAAAAGCAGGGAAACCAAGUUUACUUAACAUGCUUACAAGCCAAAAAUACCUUAUUUAGUGUCAUACGAUGGGCAAUGCUAUUUUUUUAAAAAUCAUUUUUUUUAUUUUGGAGAGAGAGGAAUGGAGAGGGAGAGAGAA